UGGGGUGGCUGUGGAGAGGGGGAGUGAAAGUGCACGUGGUGUCUUGGAGAGGUGGAGCUAGAAACGGGAGGGGUAGCCGAGUGGAAGUGUGGUGGGGUGGAUGGGGAAUAUGACAAGAAAAGCGGAGGGGAUGUAAGGGUGUGUGGAGGAGGGGAAGGCAGGGGCGUGGGAGGGGGGCAAGGAGCGCGCAGGCCGUCAAUUCCUCCCUGCCAAGCUCUAAUCACCGCGUCCUUUGAUCACAAGACGCCGGCCACGGAGCAGACGACACUCGCGUCUGGACCAGCGGGCUGCAGACGAUCGACGGCGCGGCGACGUCUGGGUAAACUGGAUUAAGGGGACGCAACGCCGGAGGAGUUUGUCGAACCGUUUUGGGGAAAAAGACCUUCGAGGACCCAGGAAAGGGGGACGACGAGGGCGCUAGGAGGCGGAGGAUAACGUCACGUGACAAAAAGUACUACUCUCUGGAAUUGGAUCUUUAUUCGUUUGGAAGACGAUACGAGGAAGAGGUUGGAAGAGUUUUGUUUUUUGUUUUUUUUAUUGGUCGGGUUAUUUAUUUCGAAAGGUGUCAAACGAAGAAGGUUUGUGAAACUCGCUGUUAUGGUCCAAGCGCCUGAAGUCAAGUAGUUGCCAUGGUGACGCAGCACUUCUGUGGACAACUGCGAGCUUUCUCCGUGCAUUCAUCCGAGGAAAUGGACCCGGAUGCGGAUCCAAUGAAGGACAGAAAGCAGUGCGCGUGAAUCGUCAGCCUGCAGCCUGGUGCCAGUGAUGUACCAGGGCUGCGACAACGAGUGUUCUGGAAUUACCAGAAAAGUGUUUUGAAUGAACAAGAUUCACAAACAAUCACAUGAACGGAGUUCGGCCAUGUGAUUCAGUCUUCGAGUAACAGUCUGAAAGAAUCGUGAAUGAUGCAAGCGACCUCGUGACCAGUAGGUUGAGUCGUGACCUCGUGACCUCGUGAGUGUGUAUUAAUCAUCUAUCGUGGAGGAAUGAGUAUUACACGGGCCUGUGGCUUACAACGACCUAUAUGAGGGCCGUGUGGGACUAGCAAAGACGAGUUGUCUCAUAAUGGAGAAAGAUGACGAGAAGGGCGAUCACCCGGGUGUGAGGUAGCAGAUAACUCCAGCUCCCUUCGUGACCAUGUCCGCUACUACGGCAUCAUGGCUGUUUGGAGGAUGAAGAUUUUUCUGAUUUGUCUCCUCUUGUCAGGAAGUGCAUAUCAAGAAGAUGUGAAUAGGUGUGGGGACCUUCUUUGCUCGAACGGUGGAAGCUGCUUGACUGGUGUGGACUCCUUCAGAUGUAUUUGCCCAGAAGGGUUUACCGGCGUGCAGUGCGAGUCUACAACCGUUGUAAGCCCGUGCGCCACGUCUCCCUGUAACAACUCCGGUACCUGCGUAGAUGACGUAGAGGGCUUCAGGUGCGUCUGUCUGCCAUCUUGGACAGGUGAGAGGUGCCAGACAAUGCUCGACAGGUGUCAACCUCAGCCUUGUGUGAAUGGUGCCACGUGUGAAGCAGAGGGAGAAGGGUACAGGUGUUCUUGUCCCCCGGGAUUCACAGGUACAAACUGUGAGAGCGGGGUCAGUGCGUGUGUACCUAACCCUGUGCACACGGCUCUACCUGUCUUGACGCCACAAACGGCUACUCGUGUGCGUGCGCAUCUGGAUACACUGGAGAAACGUGUCAGACGGAAGUAGACGACUGCAGCGCCAACCCGUGUCAGAACAAUGGUACCUGUGUUGAUGGCCUGAACUCUUUUGCUGUCAGUGCCUUAGGAUUUCGAGGUGAGUGUAGAGAGAUUAUCAGAACUGUGAAAAAACAUUUUUAUUCAUUGAAUACUCCC